AUGAGUCAAUAUCUUAAACUUUCUCGAUCUGAGGGUGAUUUGAUUUUAGAUCCUUUACAAUAUCAUCGUCUUAUUGAAAGAUUGUUAUAUCUCAUAAUUACCAAACCAGACAUUGCCUUCUCUGUCCAAACUCUUGCUCGGUUCAUGAAUACCCCACGGUUACCUCAUCUUCAUGAUGUUCAUCGUGUGCUUCGUUAUCUUAAAUCUUCUCCUGGCCAAGGUCUAUUCUUUCCUGCUCAUUCAUCACUCAAACUUACUGGUUUCACUUAUUCAUACUGGGCUAGUUGUCCUGAUUCUCGCCGAUCAAUUACUGGGUUUUGUAUUUUUCUUGGUAAGUCCCUUGUCUCAUGGCGAUCUAAGAAGCAAACUACUAUCUUUUGGUCUUCUGUUGAAGCUGAAUACCAAGCUAUGGCAAUUACUGCUUGUGAAUUAACAUGGCUUGUCACCUUACUCAAAGAUCUUGGUGUUUCGAUUUCUUUGCCUAUUUCUUUGUAA